AUGUCGGUUUCGAAGCAGACGGGCACAUUGUUGGAAAACCUUCCUCAACGCCUGGUAAAUUUCUUCGCUCGGUAUCCUCCACAAACCCACUCCGCAGCUGUCCGCCGUCCUGCCCCUGCGAACGGAGAGGGCUAUGUACCAAUGAAGGUAGAAUCCCCUUACACACCAGAUCGCGAUGCCAAGGGUGCACCAGGAGAGAAAAAGCAUGGCUGGACUCCUUCACGAGCACUCCUCGUGACCAGCAACGAUGUCCGGAAUCCAUUUCUUCCACACAAGCGAUUCGGCAAAUGGGAAGCACCGAAAUAUGGACUGCGCCAGCAAGCCGAUCUGAUGAAGCUGGCCAUCAAGUACAAUGUGGGGGCACUUCUUCCUCCUAGUCGCAAAUCACCUGAAUUCAAGGAGACACGACGUGCAGAGCGUGGUUUGCAGGUCAAGGGAACUGGUGUUGGCCAUAAGGUCAAGGGUCACAAGUGGGAGCGCACCAUGGAGUCACGUCUCGAGGACCGUCGCAAGGCGAUGGAGGCAAUGCCGGAGAUGGUCAGGAUGUGGAAGCAGAGAGGUCAUGGCCGCGGCUGGAGACAAUGGCCCAAGCGGUAA